GCAAUACUGUCAAAAGAUCAUCCUCUUUUUCUCUCUUUCCGGCAUCUUUAGCCAUCGUGUGAACACACUUUUGUGGUUUUUGUAGGAGUUUUGCUUGUAAACUCGCCAAUAAAUUUGCCAAGAUGCCACCCAAGUUCGAUCCUAAUGAAAUCAAACACGUUUACUUGAGAUGCGUUGGAGGUGAAGUCGGUGCCACAUCGUCCUUGGCCCCCAAGAUUGGUCCGCUAGGUCUGUCUCCCAAAAAGAUUGGUGACGACAUUGCCAAAGCAACUGGAGAUUGGAAGGGUCUAAAAAUCACCGUUUGCCUGACCAUUCAAAAUCGACAGGCACAAAUUUCCGUCGUUCCAUCGGCAGCAUCACUGAUUGUCAAGGCUUUGAAGGAACCGCCCCGAGACAGAAAGAAGGUUAAGAACAUCAAACACAGCGGAAACAUUACGUUUGAUGAAGUGGUCAGUAUUGCACGAGUAAUGAGGCCACGCUCGAUGGCUCGCGAGCUUUCAGGAACCUGCAAGGAAGUACUGGGUACGGCACAUAGCGUUGGAUGUACGAUCGACGGUCGCGCACCACACGACGUUAUUGACGACAUCAAUAGUGGAGCUGUUGAAUGUCCAACGGAGUAAAUUUUGUGUUUCAUUGGUAAAACUGCUAAAAGUUCAAUAAAAUUAAACUAACUCGGCGCACCUA